CACAACUUUCUCUCUCUGGCUUGCACAGGCGCAUGCAUACACUCUGUCUCCCUCCCUUCCUCCUUCCCUGCUUCUAGAUAAUGCAUUUUCUACAGUGGGAGGCGGCCAGGAUGGAACCCAGGACUGGAGAUUAAAAUGGUACCCGAUGAAGCAAAAUUGUCUACUAUUCUCUGAAAGGCCGUCGAGAUUCUCAUGGAUGUCAGGAGAUGCACCUUGACCAGCAAGAGGAGGGAGAAAAUUCAUUUCAUCUAUUAGGAAUUAAAAAUGCUUUCUGAAGAAGAAUGAAAAGAUGGAAAAUCCCUUUGGCUCCCUGGAGACAAACAACUUCCACCCUUUUACUCCCGAAUCUUUGGCUGCUAUUGAAAGGCGGAUUGAGGAGGAGAAACUUCAGAACAAGUUGAAGAAGGAACAUGAGGGAGAGGGAGAGAAAGACUCAAAUGCCAAAGAAGAGAAGCCCCGACCCCAGCUGGACUUAAAGGCCUGCAACCAACUGCCCAAGUUCUAUGGAGAACUUCCCCCAGAAUUGGUGGGGGAGCCCCUGGAGGACCUGGACCCUUUUUACAAAAAUCACAAGACAUUUAUAGUGCUAAACAAAGGGCGGACAAUCUUCCGGUUCAGUGCGACCUGGGCUUUGGGGUUACUCAGUCCUUUCCAUCCCAUCAGGAGAACUGCCAUCAAAGUAUCGGUCCAUUCCCUGUUCAGUUUCUUCAUCAUGAUGACAAUUAUGGUCAACUGUGUGUUCAUGACCAAGACGGAAACUCCACCAACUGUUGAGUAUGUCUUCACAGGGAUUUACACAUUUGAAUCUUUAAUAAAAAUAUUGGCUCGAGGAUUUUGUCUGAAUGAAUUCACCUACCUUCGAGAUCCAUGGAAUUGGCUGGAUUUUUGUGUGAUUUCCCUGGCGUACAUUGCUGAAGUUACAGAUCUACGUGGGGUUUCAGCUCUAAGAACUUUCAGAGUAUUCCGGGCUCUGAAAACAGUUUCAGUGAUCCCAGGCUUAAAGGUGAUUGUGGGUGCCCUGAUCCAUUCUGUGAAGAAGCUGGCAGAUGUGAUGGUGCUGACACUCUUCUGCCUGAGCGUCUUCGCCCUCGUAGCCUUGCAGCUCUUUAAGGGGAAUCUCAGGCACAAAUGCACUAAGAACUGUACAUUUUUUAACACGACCAGUGAUUCCUACGGUGAAAACAAGACAUGGGAUUUCUGCAAAAAUGACUCUGAUUACUUGAUGUUAAAGCCUGGCACAAAAGAUCACCUACUCUGUGGCAAUGGCUCUGAAGUAGGGAGCUGUCCCAAAGGCUAUUUCUGUCUAAAGAUAGGAGACAAUCCAGAUUAUAACUACACCAGUUUUGACAACUUUGGCUUGGCUUUCCUGGCUCUGUUCCGCUUGAUGACACAGGAUUACUGGGAGCGGCUCUACCAGCAGGUCUCUCAUAGGACCUUGAGAGCAUCUGGGAAAAUUUACAUGCUUUUUUUCGUGCUUGUUAUUUUUCUGGGGUCCUUCUAUCUGGUCAAUUUGAUCCUGGCAGUUGUGACCAUGGCUUAUGAAGAGCAGAAUGAAGCCACGAUGGCUGAAGUAGAAGCAAAGGAAAAGAAGUUUCAGGAGGCCCUUGAGAUGUUGAAAAAAGAGCAAGAGGUCCUGGCUGCCAUGGGGAUUGACACAAGCUCGCUUCUUUCCUUUGAAAUGUCACCUCGAGCCUCCAAAAAUGCCAAAGAAAGAAGAAACAAGAUGAAUCAAAUGAAAUCUGAGGACUCCAUAGAAGAUACCAGCUACCCUCACCAGAGGAAGAUGUCUUUCCUUAGCAUCAAUUAUGGUCCCAAUGGCAAUUCAGGCAAGAGAAGGUACAGCUAUGGAAACUUUAAUCUCAAGAAUCAAGAUGGUCUGGAUUCUGUCUUUACUGACGAUGAGAAAACCACCAGUAAGGACAAUGAGAGUCGUCGAGGGUCGUUGCUUUUGGCACAUAUGGGGCGACGCUUGAGUAUGCAAAACCAAAGGAUCGCUUCAUCUCAGUCUCCCAUGCCCACCUCCAGGCAAGACGGCAAAGAGCAAAGCAACCCUGGGGAAUGCAAUGGGAAGCCUUCUUUGCUUGGUGGAGACCCCAUAUCUGGGAAUGUCACAUCUUCGGGGGAGAUCGAAAUAUCUGGAAAAGUAGAUAUGACUUCUGAGGAAGCCAGAAAGAAGAACACCUUGGCAGCCCACACCUUGUCUGCAGAGUAUUGCGAUGAACCAUUCCGAGUGAAAAGGGCAGUGAGUGUAGUCAGUAUCAUUACCUCUGUCCUUGAGGAACUUGAAGAAUCUGAGCAGAGGUGCCCCCCUUGUUGGAUCCGCUUUGCUCGGAAGUAUCUGAUUUGGGAAUGCUGUGAGACCUGGCUGAAAUUCAAGGAUCUGAUCUCAAAGAUCGUGAUGGACCCUUUCACGGAGCUCAUCGUCACCCUCUGCAUUGUGGCCAACACUCUGUUCAUGUCCAUGGAGCACUAUAAUAUGACCCCAUCCUUUUCUUGGAUGCUCCAAACAGGCAAUAUAUUCUUCACAGUGAUUUUCACCGCUGAGAUGGUGCUCAAGAUCAUCGCCUUCCAUCCCUACUAUUACUUCCAAAGGAGCUGGAAUAUCUUUGAUAGCGUCAUCGUCACCUUGAGCCUGGUGGAGCUGGGUCUGCCCCAAAAAGCGAGCUUGUCGGUGCUCCGCUCCUUCAGAUUGCUGAGGGUCUUCAAGCUGGCCAAGUCUUGGCCAACUUUGAACAAUCUCAUCAAGAUCAUCGGCAACUCCGUGGGAGCCUUGGGCAACCUCACCCUGAUCCUGGCCAUCAUCGUCUUCAUCUUCGCAGUGGUCGGAAAACAGCUGUUUGGAGACAACUACGAGCGGUUGCGUAGUGAAGAGACGGGGCAGCUGCCUCGUUGGCACAUGCACGAUUUCUUCCACUCUUUCCUCAUCGUGUUCCGGAUCCUCUGUGGAGAAUGGAUAGAGACCAUGUGGGACUGUAUGGAAGUGAACGGGCCCUACAUGUGUCUCGUCGUCUUCUUGAUGGUGAUGAUGCUGGGGAACCUGGUGGUCCUCAACUUGUUCAUUGCUUUGCUACUGAAUUCUUUCAGUGCCGACAAUUUAGCCUCUGAAGAUGAUGGGGAGCUGAACAAUCUCCAGAUAGCCCUGGCCAGAAUCCAGAAGUUUGCGCAUCUUGUAGGGCAGGCCAUUCGGGACUUUUGGGGCAGAAAGUUCUGGACUUCGAAGGCCAAAGAGGAGAAACAGAAACAGAUGGUGAAAAUGGCCCUUUCAGAAUCAAGGGCCCCAAACCACAUGACCACCCAACUUCUCACCAGUGUUGGACGGGUCAAAGACAACCCAGCUCCCAAUGGGCUGGCCUUGGAGUUGGCCAUGUGCCCUGUUAAUGACCCUGGGAACUUCAUGAUCAAUAGCAACACGGAGAUCUCAGUCCCUAUAGCUACAGCAGAAUCUGAUCUUGAAGAUGAUGAUGAUGAUGAUGAGCCAAAUGUGGCGUUAGAAAUGGCUCCUCCAAAUCAGGAAGUCCCACCGCAAGAAGGACGAAGGCUACAGGAGAGCAAUCAUCACCUCACAUCUGACACUUCUUCUGAAGAUCUGGCCUUAUACCUCGAUAAGCAAUGGAAGGAUAUCCAAUCUGUUGGCAGCCCCACAGAGAAAGGUGAUGUCUCGAGUUGCUCUGAAGGCAGCACUGUGGACAUCCCUGAUCCAGAGAUAAUUCUAAAGAAAAUCACAGAUCUCAGUGAGAGCUUGGAGGAACCUGCAGAUUGCUUCACAGAGGACUGCAUUCGGCGCUGUCCAUGCUGUACAGUGGACACAGAAAGGCUUCCUGGAUCUUUCUUCUGGAACCUGAGAAAAACCUGCUACCAUAUUGUAGAACACAACUGGUUUGAGAGUUUUAUCAUUUUCAUGAUUCUGCUGAGCAGUGGAGCCUUGGCUUUCGAAGAUGUUUAUCUGGAAAACAGGCGCACAUUGAAAGCUAUCCUCGAUUUUGCUGACAUGGUGUUCACUUACAUCUUUAUCCUCGAGAUGCUACUGAAGUGGGUGGCCUAUGGCUUCAAGACUUACUUCACCAAUGCCUGGUGCUGGCUGGACUUCCUCAUCGUGGAUGUUUCAAUGAUAAGCCUCAUAGCAACUACUCUUGGCUACUCUGACAUUGGUCCCAUUAAAUCCCUGCGGACCCUCCGGGCGCUGAGGCCCCUGAGAGCACUGUCACGCUUUGAAGGCAUGAGGGUGGUCGUAGAUGCCCUGGUUGGUGCAAUCCCCUCCAUCAUGAAUGUCCUUCUGGUCUGCCUCAUCUUCUGGCUCAUCUUCAGCAUCAUGGGAGUGAACCUGUUUUCAGGAAAAUUUGGCAGAUGCGUUAACCUCACCGUGGGAGACUUCUCCCCUGUGAAUGUGUCCAUCGCCAAUGACAAGACCCAAUGUAAUAACCAGAGUGCUUCAGGUCUCUUCUGGGACACUGUGAAAGUCAACUUUAAUAAUGUGGGAAUAGGUUACCUUGCUCUUCUGCAGGUGGCAACAUUCAAAGGGUGGAUGGAUAUCAUGUAUGCUGCUGUGGAUUCCCGGAAGCAAGAGGAGCAGCCCCUGUGGGAGGCCAACCUGUACAUGUACCUGUAUUUUGUCAUCUUCAUCAUCUUUGGGGGUUUCUUCACACUGAACCUCUUCGUUGGAGUUAUAAUCGACAAUUUCAAUCAACAAAAGAAAAAGUUAGGUGGUCAAGAUAUAUUCAUGACUGAAGAACAAAAGAAAUAUUAUAAUGCCAUGAAAAAACUGGGAUCCAAAAAGCCUCAAAAACCAAUCCCAAGACCACUGAAUAAAUACCAAGGCUUCGUGUUUGAUAUCGUGACCCGGCAAGCCUUCGAUGUGGCCAUCAUGGUUCUCAUCUGCCUUAAUAUGAUCACCAUGAUGGUGGAGACAGAUGACCAGAGUAAAGAGAAAACCAGAAUCCUUAACCGGAUCAACCAGUUUUUCGUUGCCGUCUUCACGACAGAGUGUGUUCUGAAGGUGUUUGCUCUGAGACAUUACUACUUCAUCAAUGGGUGGAACAUAUUUGAUUUAAUUGUUGUGGUCCUCUCAAUCGCAAGUUUGGUGUUUUCUGGCAUCAUGAAGUCACUGGAAAAUUAUUUUUCCCCGACACUGUUCCGAGUCAUCCGCCUGGCCCGCAUCGGCCGCAUCCUGCGGCUGAUCCGAGCGGCCAAGGGGAUCCGCACGCUGCUCUUCGCCCUCAUGAUGUCCCUCCCCGCCCUCUUCAACAUCGGCCUGCUGCUCUUCCUGGUCAUGUUCAUCUACUCCAUCUUCGGCAUGGCCAACUUUGCCUAUGUGAAGCAGGAGGCCGGCAUCGACGACAUGUUCAACUUCCAGACGUUCGCCAACAGCAUGCUCUGCCUCUUCCAGAUCACCACGUCGGCCGGCUGGGACGGGCUGCUCAGCCCCAUCCUCAACAGGGGGCAGCCAUAUUGUGACCCAGAUCUAAUAAACUCCAAUAAAUCCAAAGGAAACUGUGGAAAUCCCACAAUCGGGAUCGCCUUCUUUGUCAGUUACAUCAUCGUCUCCUUCCUCAUCGUGGUCAACAUGUACAUCGCCGUCAUCCUGGAGAACUUCAACGUGGCCACGGAGGAGAGCACGGAGCCGCUGAGCGAGGACGACUUCGACAUGUUCUACGAGACCUGGGAAAAGUUUGACCCAGAGGCCACGCAGUUCAUUACGUUCUCAGCCCUCUCAGAUUUUGCAGAUGCUCUGACAGAACCUCUGCGCAUUCCAAAACCUAACCAGAAUACGCUCAUCCAGAUGGACCUGCCUUUGGUCACGGGGGACAAGAUCCACUGCUUAGACAUCUUGUUUGCCUUUACCAAGAGAGUGCUGGGAGAAUCUGGGGAUAUGGACACACUGAAAGCCCAAAUGGAGGAAAAGUUCAUGGCGGCUAAUCCUUCUAAAGAGUCCUAUGAACCAAUCGCAACGACUCUGAGAUCAAAACAGGAAAAUGUGUCCGCUUCCAUCAUUCAAAGGGCCUACAGAAAUUACCUCAUCCAGCAGUCCUUCCGGCAGGUCGUCGAUGCACGUCCUAAUAAUUCUGGGGAACGGGUGUGUGAGAGGGCCACUGAAGAUGAAGGCUUGAUUGAAUUCAUGAUGAAGGAAAACAGCGGGCUUCCGGACAAGUCAGAAACUGCAUCAACCAUGUCCUUCCCCCCAUCUUACGACAGUGUCACCAGAGGCCUCAGUGAGGAAGGACAGCUGGACACAUCUGAUACCGGCCUAAAGGAGGAAGAUGCUGGCUAUGAGCAACCUUCCCAGGUUGUGGACAAAGCCUCAUCGAUAUAGCACCGUGGACAGCUCCUAAAUAUGCUCGGCACGGACUCAUACACAAUUCUUGAUGCACCCUUAGCUUUUUUCCCUGACCACAGAUGGCCCCUCAGGCUCAGCCCACCUCUCAUAAAUGCAUGCCAGGGGCCAGAGGGGAGGAGGUCUGGGAAAGAGCAAAUGGAUAUGUCAGGACCACAUCCCCAGGGAGGGGAGAACCAACUGUUCUGCCAGAAGUCCCAAAGCCCCAACUUCAUUUAAAAAUUAAAACAAGGACAUUGCGUUUUCAUGUUCUUUUCUUUUUCAUUUUGGUAACUGAAACUGGAUUUCUUACAAUCCUGGAGAGGAGGAAGAGAGAAAAUCCAGACCUUGAACUUUAUUAAUUUUUUUAUUUGACCUACCUGCCCUAAGACUCAAUCUUCAUCAUAGACAGGGUGGGAUACAGAAGUGAAUUCCAACAUCUUUGUAAAGAAUAAAGAACUUUAUUCUCCGAGCUUUGUCACUGAGGCCACAAGGAGUUUCUUCCUCUUUCCUCUGACCUUUCUCUGCUGGGAAAACAAGAGGAGCGGAGACUCUGAAGGGGAAAACUCUCAGGAUCGGAAUGAUUACCAGCAUGUUGGAGUUCAGAGGCAGGCCAGCGAGCAUCACCUAUGGGGACCUGAGACCUUAGUUAGAACUUUGCAUGGCUGCAUGCUAGAGAUCCAGUGUCACCCCUCUGGCCCAAUGUACUACUCCCUGGAGAUGCUAUAAAAGAACUUGGUACAGCUAUUAAAGUAGAUUUUUUUUUUAAAAAAAAAAGGAGAUUUACUGUCAAGACCAACAUCCCAUUUUAAAGCACAUUUUUAAAUGAAAUGAGAUUGGUAUUUAUCAUUAACACUACCCCCUUCCCUUCCUCUGCCUUUGCUAUUUUAUAGCUAGAUUAAUUGCAGUCAUUACUUCUAAUUGCUCAUGGAGAGAUGGUAUCUGAGACCAAGAGAGCAGAGGUUACUGCUCCUUCUCUUUGGACAUUUCCAACAUCAAGCUGAAAUGUGCCUUUUUGACUCUAGAGCUGGAAGAAAAUUUAGAUUUGCUCUAAUCCCAGCCCCUUACCUUUUAAAUGAGAAAACUGAGCAUCAGGGAGGCAGUUGUAGGAUGUUGAAUGUAAUAAGAAGAAAGGAGAAGAAAAUCCAGGAGCCCCUCCAGUCCCUGAGUGAGCUGGGCUGAUCUGACCUAGGAUUCGUUAGUGAAUAUCAUUUAUUUCUUCAGCUCAGCUCAGAAUCAGGACCCAACAUUCCCUUGGGCACAGAUAACUCUCAACACCCUUUCCUUCUCCCUUGCUCACUGACCAUGACCAUUGUACUCUCCCCUUCUUUCCUUGUUCUAGUCCCUAAAAAAGGAGAAAGCAGGUGGGCAGAAAAACAAGAUUUAGAGCAUUCUCUUUUAAUCGACUAUUAAUAGUAAAAACAAGAAAACAUAGCAUGGCAGCAGAGAUAAAAUAACAGCAAUAAUAACUAAUCUUGACUAACAAUGAUUUUCAAAGACCUAUAUUUCCUCAGGAACCCACUUCUGAUGCGUUCUGGCUGUGUGACUCUGGACAAGUCACGUUCCCUCUUAAAUGUCUCAGUGCCCCAGACAACUCUCUAAGACUGUGAAUUAGGGAGAGGUACCCACCAGCGUGGGUAGCAAGGCAUUAAGUCCCCUCUCUCCACCACUACAGUCAUAGUACCAGUCCCUAUCAUUAUCUGUCUACAACUUGUUUUUCUCUUUGUAGGAUACAAUCUCUUGAAGGCAAAGCCCAUUUCAUGUCCCCAAAAUAGUUAUGAUAAAAUAAUCCCUUGGAGUUGCAUAGGGCUUUGCAAAGGGCUGUCCCAUCCAUGGUGUCUGCCAUAGACUCACAUGCACUCACAGGGCAUCGGGCACGCUUUUAUUGCUGAUUUCUCACGCAUUCUGAACGCUGGGGCUGCCCACCUUACGCUCACCCCCCACAUCCUCAGCCCGCCACCCUCGACCCCCUUGCCAAAACUUCAGACAGAACAGAUAUUGGCCCUUCAGAUCAAAAGGAACGAAUGAAAAGCACUGGCUGCGCACUUACUAGGUGACAAGCCCUGAGUUCAUUCAGCUCUGAGAAUACAGAUCUUAAUGGUGGACCAGGGUCUCCUUGUCACUGCUCCCGCUGCUGGUCUCACUACUGGCGCAAAGCCCAUGGACUCUAAUUCAGAUUUACUUGAGAUUCCCCCAUUCACAUUAGGGCUCACUGCAGAGACCAAAUACACAUUCUCUCUCUAGUCCCCAACUCUCAAGCAAUUUGUUCCUCCUGGUUAGCUCGGGAUUGCACUCCAGGAGUUUCCCACUGUUUCACUCCAUUUUCACCCUGAGCUGCCGAGGUCCUCACCCAUUGGAUGGUAGCUAGUCUUCUUUGACGCCCCCAACAUCCGGGAUAUGUCGAGGACAUGGCAAGGUCUCAGCCUGGGUAUUUGCCUUUGGAGGAGUUGGGCAUCCCCAACUCCUAGAAAUCCUACUGAGUCAUGAUGGUAGUUCUGGGAAUGAAGCACAAGUCAACUACUAUCUCAGGCUAAGCCAAAAUGGAAGUCAGGUCUUUGUUUCCGGGUUCAGUGUUCUUUCAACGACAAUGAGCAAAUUACAAAAUUUAUAAAAAGUUAUUUAAAAAAAGCUUUCUUCAACGAGAAGAAUGUUCAAGAAGAGCUGGAACUAGAGAGAGGAAGUACAGGAGCCUCCUAGGGAACAGUAUUUAGGGAGGAGCAAGAGAGUUUUUUUAUAAGUGAAUAUAUAUUUAAGACCAGUUCUCCAUGAUUUAUAGAUAGCUAAGGCUUCUUACUUCAGGCUAAAAGCCUUCCAUGGACAGUCAGAGACAAUGAUUUCCAGACUUUGCUUGGGACGUGAAGAUGCCUUAUUCUUGCUCUUCAUCUAAGAAUACCAUGUUCUGUUCUUUUUAUUUUUUAACUUGCUUUUCUCUGCCCUUUUUUAUAACAUGAGGAUGAAGGGACAGCUUAGUACAACUUCUCAGACUGUCACAGUCCAUGGCCUUGUGCUUUAAAAAACAAACACAAAACCUUCUAGUGCAUUAAGCCAGUGUUUCCUUACUAGAAGGAAAGUUUCCCAGCCAGUCAUGAAGUACAGACCAAUCUACUCCUCAUCUCUACAGCCUGUGCCAUGUGAGAUGUGAUUUAUAAACAAGGGGACCCAAAUUAUGCAAUACCAGGGCUCCUGUUGUACAUCUUAAAUAUAUUACUGAUGAUGGCAGAUGUGGGGAUGCUGCGUAAGGAAGCUUGUAUUUUAUUUUAGGGUGAAGACGGAGCCCCCGGAAUCUCAAAGGCAGAAGGAGGAGGCAGAGGGCCCCAGAGAUGAAGAAUAGAAUGAAAAAUCCCUACAGCAAUAACAAUGGCAUUUACAUAGCACUUAGAGGUUUGCCGAGCACUUCACAGGAGUCAUUCUCAGCUCUUCCCGCUCCCUUGGCCCCUCAUCUCAUCUGCUGCCAACUUCAGUGGAUUUGCUCUUGAUGAUACUUCUUGGAUCCACACUCGUGUCCUCUCUGCCGCUGCUUCCAGCCCGGGCUAUUUGAAAGCCUUUUCAUCUCACACCUGGAACACUCAGGAGUUAGCUGGCUGCUCUGCCUGCCACAGUCUUCAAAGUGACCUUCCCAAGCUUGGGUCUGAUGGUAUCAUCACCAUCAACAGCCCCCUUCAAUAAUCCACAAUGGCUCCCUAGUGCCUCCAAGAUCAGAUAUAAAAUCUUGUAUUUAGUGCUUAACGUCCGUUGAUU